CGGGGCUGCCCCGGCUGCAGGAGAAGGGGUGGCGCAGGAUCUCCACCGGGGCAGGCGGGCGAACGAAACCCCGAAACCUUUCGCGUUCGUUUGCAAAGAGACGCGGGGAGGUUCCGGGCUGGUUUCUCGCGGGGAGACCCUCCCAGGCUGGAUCCGAGGGCUUCUCGCGCUGCGUGGUUUUCUUGCACCGGCCUUUUCCUGUGCAUGCCUCGGGCUCCUCUUUAGAGGGGGAGAAGGAAGCUCCCCGGGGCCGCUGUGUGGGGCAACUUUGGGACGCGUGGAAGUUAAACUGCGAUGCGUCUCUAACGCUGCGAUGGAAAAAGGCCCGGACGUUGAAAAAUCGGUGCCCCGGCCUUUUCCUCCAAUUUAACUUACUUACUCAGAAGUAAAUGAUGCAGGAGUUCAGUCUGGCUGACCCAGGAAGUGACUUUAAGUGACUUGUCUAUGCAGUGUUUUUCAGUAGUGCGCUGGGAAUAAUUUGACAUGGUUUUUUUGUUUUUAGCAACUCCCAUAAUGGAGCAGCUAAAGACACUCAAGAUUAAUUCAGUAGUAUAAUCCAAAAGCGGUUUUUUUUUUCAGUUUGGGCAGCUUUAAAUUGGUUGGACUUCAACUCCCAGAAUCCCAUGCUUGCAGGGGAAUUCUGGGAGCAGAAGUCCGAGCAACUUCAAAGUGGCUUAGGUUGAAAAACACUGGUCUAAAAAGAAGUAUCAGUGGACUUUUCAAAUUAGUUCCCGCUGAACUUAAGAGAACUGGGUUCUAAUAAAAACCAGAAAUUGCAGGAACCCAGCCCAAUCAUGUACCACAUAAUUUAAUCCCCACUGGUUGAGCAUGGUGUUAGGCUGAGUGGUGUUUUGCCUGGAAUAUGGAUUCUGUUCUCUAGAGACAUAUUAUUGCAAUGUUUUAGUUAUUCCUCAGGAGUCUCUUCAAAUUACAAGAGACCUAAGCAUUUUAAAAAUGAAGAAUGCUGACAUGUUCUAACUUGCAGAAAACUGCAUUAACUUUACCAUCCAGUGUGUGACAAUUGCUUGUAUGGUUCCUCUUUUAAGUUUAUUUUUACUGCAAAGUUUUAGUCUAGUUUCUGUUUCUCGCACAUUAUCUAUGGUUAAUGUUUUAAUUUUCCGGUGCAAUUCUGAUCACCCAGUUUGAUUUGAUUAGAUAGGUAGAAAUAAUGUCAAAACCGGUGUGUUUUAAAAAGGAUCAGUUCCUGGGAAAUAAACUAUGCAAACUCUGGAUGUUGAUUGCAAGCAAGUAGCAAACUCAAAUUUGUUCAAGUGGACAUUCAAACAUGCAUUGAUAUUUCUCAGUAACUAAAUUGUAUCAAGUCAUAUGCUUGUGGUAUAUGUAAACAGCAUUGUACUGUAUUUUAUCAGCUAACUUUCUUGGGCAGAGAUGUUAACAAGUGUACAUUUGAGGCUAUGCCAUAACAGUGUUAGCUGCAUGAUAAACACAUUUAAGUAGCCAUUAUUUACAGCGGUGUUUCUCAACGUUGGCAUGGCUGACUGGAGAAUUCUAGGAGUUGAGGUCCACACAUCUUCAAGCUGUCAAUGUUGAGAAACACAGGUUUACCAUAAUACUGUGGAUAGCUUCUGAACAGAUAUUAUCCUGGAACAAGAAGUUCAGUGUUUCCCAAGCUUUUCCCCAUACUAGCUGGGGAAUUUUGGGAGCUGAAGUCCAGAUAUUUUAAAAUUGCCAAGAUUAGCAAACACUGAACUAGAUUAACUAGAUUUCAAUCUUGCAUACCAUACAGAAAUUAUUUUCCAUUGAGUUUGUUUUUUUAAAAAAUUCCCAGUCAAGUUAUUUUCCUUCUGUAUACUAACCAGACUUAAUUGCAGUUAGAUUCUGAGCUUACAAGCUGGCUUGGUGCUGGCACUUUUAAUGAAUGUAUGAAUGUCCACUUUUUAUCUGAGGAAAAUAGUGUGCAAAAUACUCACGCUGAGUGCUUGGUGUCAAAAUAUUUAUACAACUUCUCUUAACUGGUGGAGAGUCAUUGUUUCUUCCCUAUCUUAUCCAACUACAAUAAAUAGAUUCUGUUAUCUCAUAAUAAUUGGCUGUAAUCAGCUGUCUGAAUGACUGUUAAGGAAAAAAGCUUCAAUUUUUGCUCAUGUGUAUCUACCCCAAAUUAAGGCCGCCUGCUGCAUGAGUGUGUGUGUGUCAAAUUGUGUGGAAAUUUGAGAAGUUCCUGAAAAGAGCAGAAGUUCCCUCAGAGAAAACUUUCUUGGAGGUGAUGGUGGUGGAGGACAAAAAGUGUUGUGGCUUUUUAAACAACAGAUGAUUCCUUCUUUUUUGGCAAAAUUCUAAUUGCAUUCUAGUUCUUAUUACAGAGGCCUUGAUGCUCUCUGAUCUUGGUUGUUUGCUUGCAGAUGUUUUAUUACCCAGUUAAGUAACAUGAUGAUGUUACCUAGUUGGGUAAUGAAACAUCUACAGGCAAGCAAUCAAGCUUAGACAGCAUCAAGGACUCCACAAUUUAACCCUGAGCUACAGAUAAUUCUCUUCCAUCCUAGUUCUGACUACAAUCAAUUAUUUAUGAGUUUAUUUCAUGUAAUAAGCUGCCUAGAAAGUCUGUACUGUUACCAGAUAGCUAUAAAAAAAGUGAAGGUAUUAGAAGCCAGGUAAGAGUGUAUUUGUUCUUUGGCCCAACUUUUGAAUUAGUCUAUAGGUUUGGGUUAGAAGACUAUAUUAAAUGGUUUCUUGUGAAUUAAGAGUAGGGCCUGGAUUUGGAUUCUGCAGGAAAUCCUAAGGAAGUGACCCAGUUCUAGGAGUUUCUGAGAUCCUGGCUCAUAUUCGGUUAUCUUGCUUUUAUUUUAACAAGAAGAGCAACUCAAUUGUGGCAUCCUUCCGUUGGAUGGUUUCUUUCGUUGAUCUGGGAAUUAAGAUUCCAUUGCUGAAAUGAUCUGCUUUUAUGAGUUGGAGAAUAUAGAACCAAAGCGUAUCUCAUGAAAGGAAGAGAGAAUGAAUCCUGAUCCACCAAAAUUUUCUUGUAAGGGGAAAGCUUCGACAGGAAAUUGUGUAGGUCCCAUGUCGGUGGAGCAAUUGCACCAAUAAUUUUCUCUGUGGCAAUUCAAGAAUGCCACCAAGACGUAAUGGUACAAUCUUCAAAGAGGAGAUCACUCUUGAAGUAGAAGGCAACACCCAGCAACUUGACUACUGUAAUUAAAAAAAUAUAAAGCUGUUGGGCUGGUUAUUUUGGUGGCCCCUAUGGCUGUGUAUGAUGAAGAUCUCUUGAGGAACCCCUUCUAUUUAACCAUGCAGAAACGACGGCCUGAUCUCUUUAGGAAAGUUGCUGAAUUCCAUGGAACGAUACUGGUGCCUUGUAAAGGCAGUCUUUCCAACAGCAUCAUUUCAGCUUGCCAGUUUGACUCUUACAUUCUUAAAACAGCAGACAACAAUUUCCACACUUUGAAUGGAAAGGAAGUCUUUAUACAAGGAAAUAUGAUCAUCCUUGGGGGUGAAUUUAACCAGCGUUGUUCAAUACCUGUUCUCUUUGAGGAAACAUUUUAUAAUGACAGGGAAGAGAGCUUUAACAUCCUUUGUAUAGCUCAUCCGCUGGAAAAAAAUGACAAUAAAGAACCAUCCUCAACGGCCUCCAACUCUUACUCCUUGAAAAACAUGGAAGAUGUGAAAGAAUUCUUGGGAAGGCAUGCAGAAAAAUUUGAUAAAGCUAUUGCAUCUUUCCACAGGACUUUCAAGGAGCAUGACAGGAAAAUCCUGCGACACUAUAUAGAUUCUGUGAAUGCCCUCUACACCAAAUGCAUCCAGCAGCUGUUGAGAGAUUCCCACCUUAGAAUGCUUGCAAAGCAGGAACUUCAGAUGAAUCUGAUGAAACAAGCUGUGGAUAUGUAUAUCCAUCACUCUCUCUAUGAUGUCAUCUUCAAAUACGUGGGGACCAUUGAAGCCAGUGAGGAUGCAGCUUUCAACAAAAUCACCCGAAGUUUACAAGACCUGCAGCAGAAAGACCUGGGUAUCAAGCCUGAGUUCAGUUUCAACAUCCCGCGUGCCAAGCGAGAACUGGGGCAGCUGAACAAGUGCACCUCUCCACAACAGAAGCUCCUGUGCUUGCGCAAAGUGGUCCAAAUCAUCAUGCAGUCUCCAAGUCAGAGAGUGAACAUGGAGACCAUGUGUGCCGAUGAUCUUCUUUCUGUGUUGCUCUAUCUCCUUGUGAAAACAGAAAUUCCUAAUUGGAUGGCCAACCUGAGCUACAUCAAAAACUUCCGAUUUUGCAGCUCAGCAAAGGAUGAACUGGGCUAUUGCUUGACCUCAGUUGAGGCUGCAAUAGAAUAUAUCCGUCAAGGAAAUCUUUCUGACAGGACACCGGCAUCUGAAGGAUUUAGUGAAAAGCUAUUCUUAAGACAAAGAAUGAAUCUUCUCUCUCAACUGUCUACCACUCCGAUAGACUGCCUGUUUAAGCACGUGGCUUCGGGCAACCAAGAAGAAGUAGAAUGCUUGUUGAGCCAAGGAGACAGCGAUAAGGACGCUUUGCAAAACAUGUGCCAUCCGCUCUGCUUCUGUGACAAAUGUGAGAAGCUAGUUUCUGGGAAGCUGAAUGAUCCUUCGAUUGUUACACCAUUUUCUAGAGAUGAUCAGGGAUUUACUCCACUCCAUGUAGCUGCUAUUUAUGGGCAAGCCUCGUUAAUUGACUUGUUAGUCUCCAAAGGCGCAGUUGUCAAUGCCACGGAUUACCACGGGUCCACCCCACUUCAUCUCGCCUGUCAAAAAGGAUAUCAGAAUGUCACACUCCUUUUGCUACAUUAUAAAUCAAGCACAGAAGCUCAGGAUAAUAAUGGCAACACUGCACUCCACUUAGCCUGCACUUACGGGCACGAGGAUUGUGUCAAGGCUCUGGUUUAUUACGACGUCCAUUCUUGUAAGUUAGACAUUGGUAACGAAAAAGGAGACACGCCUCUUCACAUAGCUGCCCGCUGGGGCUACCAAGGGAUCAUCGAAGUUCUCCUGCAGAAUGGAGCCAACCCAGGCAUUCUCAACCGGAUGAAAGAGACACCCAUGCAAUGUGCAUUAAAUUCAACGAUUGUAUCCUUAAUGGAACUGAACUACCUCACUUUUGAAAAAGGACAACAUGCUUCUCAGUCACCAGUCCGAUCUUCGUGUUGUGAGGACACCAUCAGCCAAGUAUCAUCCACCUCCAGUUUAUCUUCCAUAAUACUAGUGACAACGGUGACACCAGAAGAAGACAAAUCUAAUUAUAAAGAGGUGGACAAACUUCUAAGAGCAGUUGCUGAUGGAGACUUGGAGAUGGUGCGCUAUCUCUUGGAAUGGGGAGAGGAUGAUCUGGAAGAUCCCAAAGAAAUCAGCAAUAUGAGGAUCCCAGAAUUAUGUCAUCCUUUGUGUCAGUGUUCGAGAUGUAGCCCUCUGCAAAAGAAGUUCUUCAGGCUGCCUUCAAAUGGCCUUGGAGUGAACGUUACCAAUCAAACUGGUCUGACGUCACUGCACAUUGCUGCUCUACAUGGACAUGUGGACUUGGUAGCCCUCUUACUGAAACAUGGAGCAAACAUGGAAGCCAAAGAUGUGAACCAAGCAGGACCUCUCCACUUUGCCUGCCAGAAUGGCCAUUUCCAGGUAGUGGAAUUUCUGAUAGAGUGCACUGCUAAGCUAAACAAAAAGGAUAUUUAUGGAAAUACCCCCUUAAUGUAUGCUUGCUUGAAAGGCUAUCAGGAGAUAGCAGCCAUUUUAUUACAGCAUGGAGCCUCAGUUAACCUUCCCAAUAACCAAGGCAACACACCUCUUCACAAAGCGGUGAUAGGAAAUUACAAAGCAGUGGUUCAGUUGCUGCUGCAGCAUGGCGCAUUGGUGCACCUUAGGAACUACAGGCAAUGCACCCCUCUUGACUACGCUGAACCUAAUUCAGACCUCCUCAAGCUUCUUCAGGCUGCAGCAUCUUCUGAGGAGGACGGACAGACGCUUUGCAAAGCUCGCAUAACGCGGAAGAUCAGGAAAAAAAUCAGUUUUAAGACUCCGGAGACAACGGACGAUCUCAUUGCCCGGCGCCUUCAACUACUCGAGUCAAUCCACCGAUUUAACAAAUCAAGAGACUUGCGCAAAGCAAUAACAAAAGAUAAAAGUGUGCCUAACUUUGAUGAAGAAUUAUUGCGCCAGCUACCUAUCAAGAGCUUUAAUAACAAGCAGAAUCCAGUGGAUGUGUUAGAGCAAAUCCAGACUCAUAAUCUUGAUGCCAAUAGCUGUGAUGGACCUGUAACCGCUGAAGGCGAUGCAGGGAUAGCGCCUUUUAGAAAAAGAGAAGUACAUCGGAGUCACACUAUUAGUGUGGGACUUUCAACGACAGAUAUCAGUGACUUCUACAGUUUACCCAGAGAUGCAAAUGCUGCUCCUACUGACAACUGUCCUGAGAAUUGAUGCUCUAAAACAAAAUGAAUAAGAAAUCUGGGUGUCUUGUGUAAGGAACACGAGAUUCAGGUAGAGUGGUUCAACAUUGAAGAGGCUACGUGGGAUCAAAGUUUUCAAAAUUACAUUGGACGUUCAGCAGGAAGAGAAGCUUCCCCCUCUGACUUGGCAUGGAGUUUGCACUGCCGGAGACGGACACUACUCUUUAUUUUUGAAUAAAUCAUUAAAAUCCCAUAUAGUAGAUCUAUAUUUAAAAAAAAAAACCUAGAAAUAUAUCGAGAUCUCAGAAUCUAUAUAGUAUUGCACUCUCUAAUCAAUUUUAAUAAUAAUAGAUAUGUGUGAGAAAAAAACCUUUUAUGGCAUUUUGAAGGAUUGUUCUAUUUUUAUUCUGAAAAUGCAGUGGUUUUAGUUGGUGAACUGCUGAUGGCCGGAAUGCUUACAGCCCUCCCAACAGUAUGAGGUGUGUUUAAAAGUUUAAAGAGGCCAAAUUGUGUAGCUCAUUUAAUGCUCACCAAAUUGACUGCAGUGGAGGCUGGAACAGGGAAAUUAAGAGUAAUGGCUUUUAACAAAAGACACAUUGCAUCCUGCAGAAGAGAGUAGAGUAGACCCUCAUUAAAAAAGAAUUCCCUCCGAGCAAAGUUGAAACUUCUAUUCAGUAUGUUUGUAUUAUAUGAACUGCCCACAUAACUGAGCAGCCCAACCACAUUAGCUAUUUUAAAUAUGUAUCUGUGGCACACAAAACAGGCCUACUUAAGCAGAGCACAUCUGAUUUAAGUUGCAAUUUUCGAAAAGCAGCUUCAUUGCCCUUACUUUCAAAGGCACUUCCAACUGGUCUGUUGUGCACUUUUAGAAACAGAAUGUCAACUUUAGGUGAACAUUCCAAGUCAAUUAUGGUGAAUAGCGCAAUACUUUCAUUUCAUAUUUUGUGUUUAUGUAAUGUUUGUAUACAAAACUGCUUUUUAAAUUGGUUUAAUAUGUCUUAAUAACUUGUUUUAGGUAGUAAGGUUGUCUUAGAAUUUCUCUGUACAUUAAUAUUACGGUUUAAAAACUGAGCUUUAGUUUGCUGCUGAAAAAGUUUAUUUUUCUACUAAGUAAUUCACCUAAUUUUCAUAUGUGCCUUGGACUUGUGCCAAAUAAUGUAAACUAAAGUAGUAAAAUUAACAGUUAUGUGUU